CGUUACUCAUGCCCUCUUGGCUGGGCUCAUGUCCUGCUCGAUAGAGGAGUGGGGGAGUCACAUAUCGCCAGAAUCAGAGCAGGUAGACGCACAGGAAGAAGGGGAAACAUGGUUUUUAUGACUCUGCUGCUCAGUGUGCUGUUCCUGCGACCUGGCCUCGCCGCUCUAAUGAGUUCUCCAUUGGUAGAGAUUUUUCAUCACUCCCUCCAUCAGAAAGACACAGUUUCCUCUCCUGGUUCUUCCCCUGACGUCUCAGCGAGCGGGCGGCUGCGUCGGGCGGCUGUGAUGCCUGAUAUCACACAUCUGGAACUGCUGGUGGUGGUAGGGCCUGAUGUGCAGCAGGUCCACAAGCAGGAUACAGAGCGAUACAUCCUCACCAACCUCAACAUUGCCUCAGAGCUGUUGAGAGACAUGACCUUGGGCGCCAACAUGCGGGUGCACCUGGUCCGCAUGAUCAUCCUGUCAGAGCCAGAGCCAGAGAUCCAAAUGUCCACCAACAUUACCUCUUCUCUCAGAAGUGUGUGUGACUGGGGCAGAAGGAUAAACCCCUCGAACGACACAGACCCGCUACACGCUGAUCUCCUGUUGUACAUUACAAGGUACGACCUGGUGCUGCCUGAUGGGAAUAAGCAGGUGAGGGGUGUGACGCAGCUGGGUGGCGCUUGCUCUAAUGAGUGGAGCUGUGUGAUCGCAGAGGACACGGGUUUCGACCUGGGAAUCACCAUCACACAUGAAAUUGGCCACAGUUUUGGAAUCAACCAUGAUGGAGUAGGAAACACCUGCAGCAUGAGCGGGUUCAUGAUGGCCUCUGAUGGAGGCUACAACAGUGUGGAUCUGACCUGGUCCCCGUGCAGCAGACAGCAGCUGCUCUCAUUCUUCAGUGAAGGUGAAGCUGAAUGUGUAAAAGACCUCCCCGCUCUCGGAGGCUCCCUACAAGACUGGAAGCCUGGUCUGUAUUAUGGCGUUGAUGACCAGUGCCGUAUAGCUUUCGGCCGCUCUGCAAGAGCGUGCACGUUCACCAGCCCUGACCUGCCAGCUUGUCGUGUUCUGUCCUGUCACAUUAACCCCGAUGAUGACAGUUCCUGCAAACGUCUCCUUGUUCCACUGCUGGAUGGGACAGAGUGUGCACCUAAUCAGUGGUGCUUAAAGGGGCAUUGUGUGUCCCCGAAUGAGCUCAGCUCCCCUGUGGUGGUGAACGGCUCCUGGUCUGGCUGGUCAGAGUUUACCCCCUGCUCACGGUCGUGUGGUGGGGGAGUCACUCAUCGUACACGUAAAUGCAACAACCCAAGACCUGCUUUUGGAGGGAAUGAUUGUGAGGGGCCGGAUAUUGAGGCUGAACUUUGUCACCAGCAGCCAUGUGAGCGCACCCAGCUGGAUUUCAUGGCAGAGCAGUGCUCCCAAACUGACCUCCACCCCCUCUACCUGCUACCAAACACCGCCUCCUUCUACACCUGGAUCCCUGCUGUAGGUUUUGCAAAAGGUGAUGAGCAGUGCCGGUAUAUGUGCCAGUCAGAUGGAGAAAACUUCAUAGUGAGCCGUGGCUCUCAGUUUGUGGACGGGACUCGCUGUGAGUCAGACAGCCCUCCUCCCUUUGGCUCCACAGCUGCUUGCCUAAGAGGGAGAUGUCAGCUGUUUGGCUGUGAUGGUGCGCUGCACUCUGGGAAAGUGAAGGAUGUGUGCGGGGUGUGUGGUGGAGAUGGAUCAUCCUGCAGUUUGACGUCUGACUCCUACACCGGUGGUCAGGCCAAAGAGUACACCACCUUCCUCUCUCUGCCGGUGAAUGCCACACAGGUUCAUAUCACCAACAGGGCGCCUCUCUUCACUCACAUGGCUGUAACGGUUGGAGACCGGUACAUCGUGUCUGGGAGCGGCAGCAUUGCACUGAAUGUGACCCACCCCUCCCUGCUGGAUGAUGACCGCCUGGAGUAUCGCCUCCACCUGACCCUUGACCUUUUGCCUGAGAUGGAGGAGCUGCUGCUGCCCGGACCGCUGCAGGAGGAGAUAAACGUGCAGGUCUACCGCAAAUAUGGAAAAGAAUACGGAGAGAGGACGAAUCCAAACAUUAGCUAUCACUUCUACGUACCCACCAGAAAGAGCAACUUGACAGACAUCACACCUAAACGCAAAUGGGUCGUCUUCACGACACCCUGCUCUGUCUCCUGUGGAUCAGGUGUACAGCAGCACAUAUACGUUUGUGUAGAUGAAGCUACCAACAACCACUUGGAGGAACGCAACUGUGAAACACCUCCUCCAACCAUUCCGCUCCACACAACCUGUCAGCUCUCUCCGUGCCCUCCCAGGUGGGAGACGGGGACGUUUGGGCCUUGUAGCGCCUUGUGCGGUGGAGGAGAGAGAGUGCGUCCUGUGAGAUGUGUUCAGAAACACGGAGCAGACGUGGUGAAGGUUCCAGAUUCUGAAUGCUCACCUGACACAGCUCCGAAUACGGUUGAAAAAUGUAACCUGCAGCACUGUCCUGCCAGGUGGCGCGUGUCAGAGCCAGGGGAGUGUUCAGCAGUGUGCGGGCCAGGAGAAGCCAAACGCAACGUGUCAUGUGUGCGGUCAGAGGGCGGUCAAGACGUCAAAGUGGAUCAGAACUUAUGUUCAGAGGAGAUCAAACCGGCUGAUUCUGUGCCCUGUGUGGUCGAUGUUUGCCCCAUUGGGUGGGAAUCUAAGGGAGAGGAACAGCCUGUGCUGAAGUCUGGUUUGUUGCCACGAUCCAGACAGGCUCCGGUGUACGUCUGGAGUCCUGUUAUCAGUCACUGCUCAAAGACCUGCGGCAACGGAACCCUGCAGGUGUGGUUUUCCUGCGUGGACCACCAGACCAGACUCGGGGUGCCUGACUUCCACUGCGACGCUUCUACCAAACCUCCUCCUCACUCUGAGGCCUGCAACACGUCGCCCUGCCCUCCUGUGUGGCACUCUAAGCAAGGAGUCUGCAGUGUAAGGUGUGGAGGAGGGGUGGCCAUCAGGGUGAUGUACUGUGCUCGAGAAGCGGGAGAAGAGUGGUGGGAGGUGCUGGAGGAUUCAGAGUGCAGAGACGUUCCCAAACCCACAGCAGUGGUUUCAUGUAACACUCACAGCUGCCCGGCAAGGUGGAAAGUAUUCAGAACAUCUCCCUGUUCGGCGUCCUGUGAUCUGGGUAUCGCUCAGCGGGCUGUGUCUUGCGUCCAGUCCGUUCACGGCAAAGAGACUGUGGUGCCGGAGGAGAACUGCCACGCAGCUGUGAAACCAGCCACCGCAGUGCCCUGCCUGGUGCAGGUCUGCACCGUCAGAUGGGAGCUGAAACCAUGGAGCCAGUGUUCAGUACCCUGUGGAUACGGGAUCCAGUCCAGAGCCGUGUCCUGCAUGGGCCCCUCUAAGACGGAGCCCCUCAGCCCUGUGCUUUGCAUGCACAUGCCCAAGCCCAUCACAAUCCAGGGCUGCAAGAUGGGCAGCUGCAGAGAGGAGGGAUCUCUGUUGUCUGUCACUGUGGGCCGCACAGAUACACCACCACCCGAUACACCUCCUCCAACAGAGGCCGUCACCAUCCCACAGACCACCACAACAGCCAUUCCCACGCCUAAACCCAGUGUAUGUGGACAGCUACUUCUGGAAGAAUCAGGCACGGUGGACCUGAAAGAUGCAGCCGGCCGCUGCACAGUGUCCAUAGGUCGCCCCCUGGAUGAAGUCAUUUCUGUUAAAGUGGAAUCUGGCUCCUUGAGCUGCAGCAAAAAGGAGUUUGUUGCAUUUUUCGACCGGCUGGCAUUCAUAAAGAAGUGCCGGCUGGUAGAAGGUAGCGAACUGACCACCAGGACCAACGUCCUGCUGGUGCGUCAACAUCUGCGCACCCCUGGAAACGGGAUUGUGUUCACCUACAGCUCGCAGAAGAACACGAAGAAGAGCCACCAUCAGAACUGUGACAUUCAAAUGUUUUCCCCGAGUGGACUCUUUGAAAAUCCAACCACGUCCAGCACUAACCACACCUGUCGAGUCCUCAUCAACGCCCCUCCCUCAGUGAAGAUCAGAAUCCAAGCGCUGCACAUAGGAUUAACAUUCAACUCCACCAACUCCCAGUCUACGUACAUCAUGAUCCGGGACAUGGACGUCCUAAAGACCAACGUGUUUAAAGGCCAGCAGCUGUUUCUGUGGCACUCCUCUGGAAAUAUGGCCGAGAUUGAAUUUCACGGAGACUACCUGCAUUCCAAGGGGAGCUUCAGAGCCGAAUAUUCAUUUAUGCAGCGCUGACAUUUCUUUAGUUACAGGUAUUAACUUCUAUUCUGUUGAUUAGAAAGAAUUCUUUUUGUCUGUUUGUCUCCAUGGCUAAUUGUGCUGAAAUAAAAGAAUA